AUGGAGAGUACGCCCAGCUUCCUGAAGGGCACCCCAACCUGGGAGAAGACGGCCCCAGAGAACGGCAUCGUGAGACAGGAGCCAGGCACCCCACCUCAAGAUGGCCUGCACCGUGGACCGCUGUGUCUGGGAGAGCCUGCUCCGUUUUGGAGGGGCGUCCUGAGCACCCCAGACUCCUGGCUUACCCCUGGCUUCCCACAGGGCACCAACGACAAUCUCCAACUUGUGGAGGGUGAGAGCACCCAGAAUGGGGAGAGGAAGGCCAGCUGGCUGGGCAGCAAAGAGGGACUGCGCUGGAAGGAGGCCAUGCUUGCCCAUCCACUGCCAUUCUGCGGGCCAGCGUGCCCACCUCGCUGUGGCCCCUUGAUGCCUGAACCUAGUGGUGGUCAUCUCAAGAGUGACCCCGUAGCCUUCCGGCCCUGGCACUGCCCUUUCCUUCUGGAGACCAAGAUCCUGGAGCGAGCCCCCUUCUGGGUGCCCACAUGCUUGCCACCCUACCUAGUGUCUGGCCUGCCCCCAGAGCAGCCACGUGACUGGCCACUGGCCCCGCACCCCUGGGUAUACUCCGGGGGCCAGCCCAAAGUGCCCUCUGCCUUCGGCUUAGGUGGCAAGGGCUUUUACCACAAGGAUUCGAGCAUUCUCAGGUUGGCAAAGGAGCCCUUGGCAGCUGUGGAACCUGGGGUGUUGGGCUUAACCCCUGGUGGGCAUCUGCAGAGAGCCGGGGAGGCCGAAUGCCCUUCACUGCACCCGAGGGAUGGAGAGACAGGGGCUGGCCAGCAGCAGAAUCUUUGCCCACUCUUCCUGGGGCAGCCAGACAUUGUGCCCCGGACCCCCUGGCCCACUUGUGCCCCAGGCCUCGUUCAUACUCUUGGCAACGUCUGGGCUGGGCCAGGCAGUGGGAGCCUUGGGUACCACCUGGGGCCACCAGCCACACCAAGGUGUCCCUCUCCCGAGCCGCCUGUUGCCCAGGGGGGCUGCUACUCAACCUACCUGCCCACUAAAGAUGGGGGUCUUGGCCCUUGUGGGAAGUGCCAGGAGGACCUGGAGGGGGGUGCCAGUGGAGCCAGCGAACCCAGCGAGGAAGUGAACAAGGCCUCUGGCCCCAGGGCCUGCCCCACAAGCCACCACACCAAGCUGAAGAAGACAUGGCUCACCCGGCACUCCGAGCAGUUUGAAUGUCCACGCGGCUGCCCUGAGGUUGAGGAGAAACCAGCUGCUCGGCUCCGGACCCUCAAGAGGGCAGGCAGCCCCGAAGUCCUGGGAGCGGUGGGCAGCCCAGCCCCCAAGCGGCCACCGGACCCUUUCCCAGGCACUGCAGGACAGGGGGCCGGGGGUCGGCAGGAGGUCCGGGACACAUCAGUAGGGAACAAGGCAGAUUCGGGACGGCAAGAUGACCAGAGAGGACCCCACGAUGGCCAGGCCAGUCUCCAGGACCCUGGGCUUCAGGACGUACCAUGCCUGGCUCGCUCUGCAAAACUGGCUCCAUGCCAAGGUUGUGCCCAGGCAUCUGGAGAGGAAGGAGGGCCUGCCUACCACUCUCAAUCGCCUCUGGGAAGGGAGCCACAGCCAGAGGAAGACACAGCCGCCAGCUCCAGCUCUGAGGAAGACCCAGGGUGCAGCCCUAACGGCCAGCUCAGCACGGGCCUCGCCAAGCACCUGCUUAGUGGCUUGGGGGACCGACUGUGCCGCCUGCUGAGGAGGGAGCGGGAGGCUCUUGCCUGGGCCCAGCGUGAAGCGGGCCAGGGGCCAGCUGUGACAGAGGACAACCCAGGCAUUCCACGCUGCUGCAGCCGUUGCCACCAUGGACUCUUCAACACCCACUGGCAAUGUCCCCGCUGCAGCCACCGGCUGUGUGUGGCCUGUGGUCGUGUGGCAGGCGCUGGGCGGGCCAGGGAGAAAGCAGGCUCUCGGGAGCAGUCCACGGAGGAGUGCACACAGGAGGCUGGGCACGCUGCCUGUUCCCUGACGCUGACCCAGUUUGUCUCCAGCCAGGCUUUGGCAGAGCUGAGCACUGCAAUGCACCAGGUCUGGGUCAAGUUUGAUAUCCGGGGGCACUGCCCCUGCCAAGCUGAUGCCCGGGUGUGGGCCCCCGGGAAUGCAGGCCAGCAGAAGGAUUCGACACAGAAAACGCCCCCAACUCCACAACCUUCCUGCAAUGGGGACACCCACAGGACCAAGAGCAUCAAAGAGGAAACCCCAGAUUCCACUGAGACCCCAGCAGAGGACCGUGCCGGCCGAGGGCCCCUGCCUUGUCCUUCUCUCUGUGAACUCCUGGCCUCUACCGCGGUCAAACUCUGCUUGGGCCAUGAGCGGAUACACAUGGCCUUCGCCCCUGUCACUCCGGCUCUGCCCAGUGACGACCGCAUCACCAACAUCCUGGACAGCAUUAUCGCGCAGGUGGUGGAACGGAAGAUCCAGGAGAAGGCCCUGGGGCCGGGGCUUCGAGCUGGCCCUGGCCUGCGCAAGGGUCUGGGCCUGCCCCUGUCUCCAGUGCGGCCCCGGCUGCCUCCCCCAGGGGCUUUGCUAUGGCUGCAGGAGCCCCGGCCUCGGCGAGGCUUCCACCUCUUUCAGGAGCACUGGAGGCAGGGCCAGCCUGUGUUGGUAUCAGGGAUCCAGAAGACGCUGCAGAGCAACCUGUGGGGCGCAGAAGCUCUUGGGGCGCUUGGAGGCCAGGUGCAGGCGCUGAGCCCUGUUGGGCCUCCCCAGCCCACCAGCCUGGGCAGCACCACAUUCUGGGAGGGCUUCUCCUGGCCUGAGCUUCGCUCAAAGUCAGACGAGGGCUCUGUCCUCCUGCUGCACCGAGCUCUGGGGGAUGAGGAUACCAGCAGAGUGGAGAACCUAGCUGUCAGCCUACCACUCCCAGAGUACUGUGCCCACCAUGGGAAACUCAACCUGGCUUCCUACCUCCCACCGGGCCAUGCCCUGUGUCCAUUGGAGCCCCAGCUCUGGGCAGCCUAUGGUGUGAACCCGCACAGGGGAAACCUGGGGACCAAGAACCUCUGCGUGGAGGUGGCCGACCUAGUCAGCCUCCUGGUGCACGCUGAGGCACCAGUGCCUGCCUGGCACCAGGCACAGAAAGACUUCCUUUCAGGCCUGGACGGGGAGGGGCUCUGGUCUCCAGGCAGCCAAAUCAGCACUGUGUGGCACGUGUUUCGGGCACAGGACGCCCAGCGCAUCCGCCGCUUUCUCCAGAUGGUGUGCUCGGCUGGGGCAGGCGCCCUGGAGCCUGGCGCCCCGGGCAGCUGCUACCUGGACGCAGGGCUGCGGCGGCGCCUGCGGGAGGAGUGGGGCGUGAGCUGCUGGACCCUGCUCCAGGCCCCUGGAGAGGCCGUGCUGGUGCCUGCAGGGGCUCCCCACCAGGUGCAGGGCCUGGUGAGCACAGUCAGCGUCACUCAGCACUUCCUCUCCCCCGAGACCUCCGCCCUCUCCGCUCAGCUCUGCCACCAGGGACCCAGCCUUCCCCCUGACUGCCGCCUGCUGUAUGCCCAGAUGGAUUGGGCUGUGUUCCAAGCAGUGAAGGUGGCUGUGGGGACGUUACAGGAGGCCAAAUAGAGGGAUGCUGGGUGUCUGGGGUAGGGAUGGGGACAGGUAGACCAAGUGGUCAGCCCAGGCACAACUUCAGCAGGGAAUGACACUAGGGGACUUGGGGAUUUCUGGUCAAGCCCACAAGCACCACUCGGCGCAAGCUAGGUACCCUGCUCCCCUCCCCCUCAAGCCAACAACCACAGUGCCACCAAGCUCACACCUGUCCUUCUCAGGCUGGCACCUCCCCUGCCCUGUGCCCCUCUCCACGGUACCAGGCCCACAUUGGAGAUGACUGACUUCCUCCAAAGCCCACACCCCCAACCCAGGAGACAAACAGCCCUUCCUUGGGGUACCUCGGUAAUCAUUCUGGCUUAAGCAACACCUCCUGCUGCUGCUCACUCUCGCUAAGCCCGCUCUACUGCCCCGCUCUGCUUCCACCGCUGAAUCCUCACUGGGCUCCUGCAGAAAUGCUGAAGAAGGGUCCUGACCUUCUGCCCUCCUGCCAGAAGAUCUGGGGAGUGUGAGGAGAGGGUGGCAUCAGGGACUGCCCAGGCUUGGCUGAGGGAGCAGCAUGGGCGAUGUCACUCAGCCUGCUCCCCAUCUGCCCGCUUCCCUCCUUCAUGAUUUCCAUUAAAGUCUAUUGUUUUGUGA